CGGCCUCGCUGUCACUCCCAGUGUUUACCUCGUCGCGCGAACACAUGUGUCAAAGUGCUUCCUUCGGGUGCAAGAAGCAGUUUUUCUGAAUUUCGGAGACCAAAAUUCAGCGAUUUGCCAAUUUGUGAUUGCCCAUCAAUCGAAACUAGUGAUGACCGAGCGUGAAACUGUACUGGCUGCAAUUACCGCCCAGGGCGACGUGGUUCGCAGUUUGAAGGCAGCCAAGGCGGAAAAAUCUAAGUGAGCAAACAUAAAGAGAUACGCUCAGCCUAAUUCCAACCUUCUAGAAAGCAUCAUUAACUGCGAUUAUGAUCAUUAAGUAUUCGGGAAUCUGACCUCAUAUACGAAAGGAGCUAAAUCGGAAUUUAAACUGCUUCACAUAACCAAAUACGCAGUUGAAGUAACAUGUUGAGCCAAAUACGUUCAAGGGGCACCGUCGCGAUAACCACACUUCAUAGAUCGCUCACCAGAAGCGCGAUCGCCGCUGGACGGUUCGAUCGUGCCAACUCUUCUUCGGCUAUCGAGGAUCGCCGAUUCAAAGCACUCGGCCAUGGCAAUUGUCGUUUCUGUACGUGCGCCAAUACGGCCCCGUUUCAGCUCAAAGCUAACGACAAAAUCUUCCACCAAAUCACUCAGAUCGAUGAGGAGGUCGCCAAGUUGUUGGCCCUCAAGGCCAAGCUACAGGACGAACCAGAGCGGGGUAACAAGAAUAUCACACUGAAAACGCCGAAAGGUACCCGGGACUAUGGCCCUGAGGCGAUGGCCCUCCGCCUGGACAUUCUGGAGCGAGUUAAAACCAUCUUCAAGAAGCACGGCGCCGAAACGAUCGACACGCCGGUGUUUGAGCUGAAGGAAGUCCUAACGGGAAAGUACGGCGAGGACAGCAAGCUGAUCUACGAUCUGAAGGAUCAGGGCGGCGAGAUCCUGGCACUGCGAUACGAUCUGACGGUUCCGUUUGCCAGAUUCGUCGGCAUGGGCAAUGUGUUCAACAUCCGGCGGUAUCACAUCGCCAAGGUUUACCGGAGGGAUAAUCCGGCCAUGACCCGGGGUAGGUACAGGGAGUUCUACCAGUGCGAUUUCGACAUUGCCGGAACGUACGAUCCGAUGCUGCCGGAUGCGGAGUGCGUGAAGGUCGUGACGGAGAUUCUGACCGAGCUGGAUAUCGGGGAGUUUGUGGUCAAGUUGAACCACCGGAAGCUGCUGGACGGAAUGUUCGAGGCUUGCGGGGUGCCAGCGGACAAGUUCCGGACGAUCUGUUCGUCUGUGGAUAAGCUGGACAAGACUCCCUGGGAGGAGGUACGGAAGGAGAUGAUGGACGAGAAGGGAUUGGAUGGGGAGAUCGCGGACAGAAUUGGGGAGUACGUUAGGAUGAAUGGCGGUGCGGAAUUGGUGGAUAAGCUGGCGGAGGAUGAGAAACUUAAGAACAUCAAAUCAGCAAUUGAAGGCAUCGAAGACAUGCGACUUCUGCUGCAAUAUUGUGAAAUUUUCGGACUCAAGGAUAAGAUCGUGUUCGACUUGAGUUUGGCCCGUGGACUGGAUUACUACACGGGAGUCAUCUACGAAGCGGUGCUGAAGGCAGAGCCUUUACCCGUAGAAAAUGGCAAGAAGGGCAAGGACAAGGAGGAGGAAGUCAGCGUCGGUUCGGUGGCAGGCGGCGGACGGUACGACAAUCUAGUGGGAAUGUUCAACCCGAAGCGAAAACAGGUUCCCUGCGUGGGUGUUUCGAUCGGUGUGGAGCGGAUCUUCUCGAUCCUGGAAGCCAAGAACCAGCAGAAGAAGAUCCGAACGACGGAGAUCGAGGCUUACGUGGCUUCGGCUCACAAGGGACUGCAUUUAAAGCGAAUGGAGGUGCUGAACAAGCUGUGGGAUGCCGGUAUUAAGGCGGAACACCCCUACAAGCAGAACCCGAAGCUGCUGGCCCAGUUGCAGUACUGUGAAGAGAACCAGAUUCCAUACGCAGUGGUCCUCGGCGAUGGGGAGCUGUCUCGGGGCGUCGUGAAGCUGAGAGAGAUUUCCAGUCGAAAAGAAGACGAAGUUCCCGUGGAAAAUCUGGCGGAGGAGAUCCGCAAGCGUUUGACGACGACGGUUUGAAGUUUCUAAUGUGUAGGGGGUCGAUUUGGUGUUCUUUAGGCUCGACAACAGGAAUUCCCAAGUGGGAAGACACUCGGGAUAGAGGUUGAUAGUUUGUGGCUAUGGUUAAGCAAUAAAUUGUUUUGUAUAUAAAUCAACGAUCAGAGGACUUGUGCAAGAAUUUGUUUCAAUCGGAGAAUCAUAUCUUGUUCUCUACGCUUUCUGACCGAGAAUUUCUCAAGUUCUCAUUAUUAUUUACGCAGGUAACCACUAAACGUAAACACCCAUGCAAUAAUUCGCAAAAGAAUAUUCUAAACAGCUGUUUUAUGACUUCUCAGCUUUUAUAUGAAUCAUUGACACGUUUACUGCUUUGUGGUUAUCAGUCUAAGAAAAAUUCGAAGAGUUUCUCUUCUAAGAUUUCGUUAUCAUAUCGUACUCCCGAGUUCUGACUUGAGAUUUCCUGUCGUUUGUUCAACCUCUUCUCAUCUAUUACAUUUUACAUUAUAGCAUGCACUUAGUUUGAUUCAAUUGAUCUAUCGUUUUCCGACUGCCUUUGAUAUCGCUGUGAAAGAAGUAGUAGUGAACCGUAUUAGAAAAGAGCUUGAAUCAAGUUGAAUGAUUGGUCAACCAUUUCGUACAUUCGCAUCCAAAUAUUUACCGAAGGUAAACUAGCUCUUGAACGUCCUACAUAAAACAACAAUAACUAGACAUAAAUUACGCGUCAUAUGUAUCUGCACUUUUAUAUCUACCUAAGUUUGAUAAAUUAUAAUUUGAGUUUUUAUCGCACUGACAA